AUGACGAGCGGAGAUUAUGUCCGUGGUGCUACGAUGACGACGAAUGCCGCACUGGCUUUCCAGCAGGAGACCUUGUUCCAGAUGGUGGCCCAGACAUUUGAGGAGAAUGCGAGUGAAGAUUUUCUCGGCGAUGUUCAGCAGGGAGAUGUCGGAAUAGUUGGCACAGAGCUGGCGGUUGUCUUUUCGUUUAUAGACAUGGAAAACUGUGGCGGCCUUGAAGUCCUGCGGCACUUCUCAUUGACGGUUCUCCUCGGCGAGCGGGUUGCUGAUGGCGGUGUCGUUGUUAUUGAACCAGUCCUUGUGUUGGUGUCCUGCGUGACCGAAGACAGCCAGGGUCGUCGACUGAACUGUGUCCCUCAAUGUACGUCAUCAGCUCUCCGCGGGGGCGUUCUCGUCGUGGUCGUCGUCGGCGGCGGCGGCAAGGGAGGCUGGCUAGCCGGUAGCCAACUCACUGCCGAACUGGAGAUGAUUGGCAGGCUGAGACAACAAAUCAACAUUCAACUUACCCCGAGGGCCGUAUACCUUGAGGUCUCCUGCGAGGCUAAGUCACUCACAAUCCACAGUUCGCGCCUUCGUCAUGAUGGAGUACAUACAGCGGUCAUCGUCGGCAACGACGGUCGUAUGUGUGGGUGGGUGGGUAAGUGUGCUGUUGGGUAGGUUGCCCGUAAAAGGCGCCUACUGGACCACCAGGUAACUAGUUAAAUAGAACUAAGCCUGAACAUGGGCCAGUAAUGCUGACAUGGCAUUUCUGUGCAUUUUUUCUCUAAUCUCGGGGGCGCCAAGGUUGAUCAUGCGUGUUUUUGCAGUGUCACUACGCCCAGUCGGUGUUUUGGCAACUGAAGGCGGCAAUCAUUGAAGCCAGAGUCUUAAAAUGACGCCACUAUUUUCCCGAUUUUGAUGACGUCCACAUCUUGAUUUUGUCUACAUCAAACGUAACCUUUUAAGUGAUAGUUGUGGAUAAUACAGAAUCCUGAUUUUGGGCCGUCAGUCUUUGCUGAGUCUUCCAUAUCUCUAUUUAUGUAUAUAUACAUAAUUUCUGAAUCUACCCAGGCUGACCGGCCAUUUUGGCAGGAUCCCCUUCCUUCUCAGGGAUGAUGUGUCGACAAGCGGUCAGAUGACUGAUAUUUGAGGUGGCGGAUGGGAGUGGGACGGCGUCGGUCAAAUUAAUCUCCGAAUUCUGGAAUUUUUUCAAAUGUCCGUCUGUUGUCUGCUUAAGCACACAAGUUUGUCAGUAAAAAUUGCCCUUUAAUCCAACAUUAAGCGACGUUUUAUGUGCGGAGGUUACUACCGACAUCACCUUUAAAUGCGUGUUCUACCCCGGCCUGCCCACAGCAAAGUAAGCAGUCACUCUGGCCUGACGAAUAAUUUCAUCGGAGAUCAUAUAGGAGCUGUGAAUGAGGCACCUGAAGCAUUCCCGCGUCUGAGACUCGUUCCUCAGUAGACUCCUUCUAACGGAGCUGAACACCGCCGAAUCUGCAAUGGAUUGAAUAUAGAUUCGGAUAAGUUCUUCCUUUCAUCGCAGAUCUGCGUGUCCACGGAUUUUCGCCGUCCUAACUGCCACCUGGUUGCAGGUUAUGUCGAUUUUGGAGGUCUUUAGCUUCCAUAGGCUGUGGGGCUAUUUAUGUUGAUCCCACAGACGUGAUUUUUCACAGAUAUCGACUGCCGCAUUUCUUGUGCUACAUAAUAAUUCCCGCGCAAAACAACGUCCCUGCUCGCGGUGGACUUUGUCGAAAAAAUGGUCGAACGGUCGUGCGUGUUUCGCGAAGGCAGAUGCGCGUUCCUUCUGUUGCAUGGGGGCUUACGAAAUAACGCUACCACGCGAGUGCAAGCUUCACGCACCACCUAAAAAUGAUUUGGAAAAUCAAAGUGCGUUAUUUUCACAGUUCCAAACCUGUGCCAAUUGACAGUAGGAAUCUCCACUCAUGACCAAGCUUGACCUACAGUGAUUUAGGUGUUCACACAUUGACCUCCAGAAAGUCUUUGCUUAGAGGAUAACAAUCACAUCGUAACCAAGCACUGAACACUGUCUGAUUUCAUUUAGUCAAUUUUGUCGGCUACGUUAGGUGGAUACACGCACGUGCGACCCGAUGGAUAAUGGUGAUAGAGAGUAAACCAAAGUUUAUACGUUAGCGUGAGAGCAUUUUUGCUCUACAUUUAAGUAAUUUUCACACGACUGCUACUUCGACUGGCAAGUCGACGUCAUUGAAGGGUGGCUAGUUAGUUAGAUUAAGGUUUAUUUACAUAAAUUCUCUUCGGGCAGGUAAACUUAUGUGAGAACAUGAUAUAAGUAAGGUAUGCGAGGAAUUAAAAAAUGUAAUUAAACGUUAGCCUCUUUGCAUAAUUAUUUUUGUGGAUGGGAGCUAACGUGAGACGGUAAAGGGCAGAAAUAACGGUGUCAGAAGGGAGUUGCACGGCGCAGAGAAGCGAAUGCUGCCGAUCACCUUUCGGCCAUGGUAAACGCGGAGCCUGCACUAGUAUCGUGCGUGGGCGCGAACGGACAUACGUAACAUGGCAGUAGUUGUGUCAACGGUUUCCAGUGGACGCUGACCCAAUGGCUAUACAAUUGACACGGGAGGCCUCGUUCAGCCCACAUCGUGCGCGAAUAGAACGGUGCGUGCGAGGAUGGCGUUAAUUUUGCUCCUAAUACUGCUUUUAUAGACUCCUUCCGGGGGAUGUUUCCUAUUCUUUUGCUUAGGCGUCGACGCGUGCGAUCUAGGUUGAGCAAACGAGUAAAUGCACACGGACAAGAUUUGAGCUGGCAACCUUUCUUUACCUUCUCUUUGUAAAACGAUGUUAAUUUAGAAUAGUACCUGAAGUCAAAAAUAGUUCGCAAAACAGGUUGAUUCGUUUUGUUUUGGAAACCAUUAUUCCGGUAUAUCAAUCAAGUCAUGGCCACAAUCUAACACCAAAAUUAAAACGUAAAAUUGCACACUAGAUUUUGACUUCAAGAAGGCCCAAUGUGCGGAGCCUGUAAAUGCCAAUCCCACAAAUACUUCCGAAACAGAUUUCUACCCUAGUGUUGGCACACAAUUAUCUCUUGAUAGGAAAUAAAUUUAAAAACAGUUAUCCUUCAAACGGAGUUAACAAUUAUCGAACCUGCAAUGGACUGAAGAUAGAUUCAGAGAAGUUCUUCCUUUCAUCGCAGAUCUGCGUGUCCACAGAUUUUUCUGUCAUCUGGUUGCAGGCAAUGACGGUGAUGGAGGUCUGUAGCCUGCAAAGGCUGUGUGACUAUUCAUUUUGAUCCCACAGGUGUAAUUUUUACAGAUGCCGACUGCCGCAGUUCGAGUGAGGUAGAUGCAGAGCAAGUCUACUCUCAUUACAGGCUACUUUACGCGCUAAUCGACGUCCCAGAUAAAGGUGGACGUCGUUUUCGACGUGUUUCAAGACAGCAAAUGUGCGUUCCGCCUGCUGCAUUAGCGUUUGCGAAAAAAACGUUACCACGUGAGUGCAAGCUCAGCGUACCACCUGAAAAUAAUUUGGCAAAUCAAAGUGAUUUAUUUCCGCAGUUCCAAACCUGUGCCAAGUGACAGACGGAAUCUCUAUUCAUGGGUUGGCUUAUCUUGCAGUGAUACCGGUCGUUACACAUUGCCCUCUGGAAGACGCACCAACAUUGAGGGUGCGAUGGCAGACCCAGUUGCAAGCCCAUGCAGCACCAACUGUCAUCCCCUACUUGUCGCUGAAAAUCCUGUUCGUAUUGUUUGUUGUAGAUCAGGAAGCGUGGUGGUACGCAUAGGUGCUUGUUUUCGUCGUGCUAGAGGCCUGCGCACGCUCCUACCUUCGGUCUUCAUGACACACAUGGGACCACAUGGGAAAGCAGAUAAGCGUUCCAUUUGCGAGCUUUGAUCUACAAUGAUCUCAGCCUGUAAAAACGGACUUCCGAGAGCUCUUUGCUUGGAAGUUUACAAUUGUGCGACUUUUUAAUACCGUGAAAUGGCCGUUCAUAAAACGUCAUGUCUCUGCAUUUAUCAAUGUGAUUUAUAAAUUUAACAAUAUGGCCAAUUUCACUGCCACGUUUUGUGAACCCCAUAUAAUUGCCUCUUAAUACCGUAUAGCGAUGUAUAGUUUUCCGCACGGCUUGUAGCUUGGAAACCCUGAAUGCAAGUGUAGCGGCAGGUUGAGUUCAAAAUUAUUCAGAAAUUGGAAAUGUUUUCGAAGACCGAAUUAUGCCCUUUCUUUGAGUAUAACAUUGGAAGUGUCGUAAUUUUCUACCGAAUGAGGAUGACAAUGAAUUUAUUUAUUUGUGGUUUCUGUGAAAUAUAUUUGAAUCUUUGAGGUCAUCGAAAAUCACAAAAAUUCAUGGUACGUAAGUAGUCAUUUUUAAAGAGCAUGGUUUUUUUUCAUGCAACCUUAAAAAGUUCGUUUGAAAGCGGACAUCCACAGGUCACUAAAUUAAUUCAGAAUUAUGCUGCAUGACGAUCAGUUAUACAAUCCCACUUAACUAAUGUUUUCGAAAUGGAAACGCGUUUUGGAAGUUCAGUUGACAGUUCAUGAGUUAGUCCAUCUUGUCUACUUUAGCGUGGUGGCCUUUGUGGGCUGAUUUCUAGUAGUUUUCCCACGAAUGCUUCCUUAACUAGCAAGUCCUGUGCCACUGGGUGGUGGCAAUUACUUUUUGGAAAACUAGUUUUCUAUCCAUGAAUUUGCUUCGGGGCGGCAUAUUUAUGCUACAAAAUGGUUUAAUUAAGACCCGUGUUCGUGUUUCAGCACAAUUAUUUUUUGCGUGUGCGGUGUAAUAAGCGACAGUGAGUGGUAGAAUGUGUCGUGUCAGGAGGGCGCGGUGAAGUGAAUAAUGAUAAUUGACCUUCGGCCACGGCCGAAGGGGGGCAGGGGGACUUGCAUAAAUUUCGUGCAUGCAUACAAGACUGGGCUACGCAUCCCAGCGACAGUAGGCCCCGCGAUUGCUAGUGGACGCUGGUCAAAUGGCUUAGGUUUAGGCAAUAAGACCUAGAGUCUUGAGUGGUUCGCAAAACAGUCCGGCUUGCUUAGAUGUCGAAACUAUUAUUCCGAUCCAUCGGGUACAUUAAAGCUACAGUAGGUAGACUUACUCAUGAAAUGUCUACCGAAAUUCCGAAAUGCGUUUUCAUUCCGAAAAGAUUAAUUAAGUAGCGUUGUAAAACAGAUCAUCAUGCAGCGUCAUUCUAUAGUAAUUUGGUACCUCAGAAUGUCGGUCAUCAAAGUAACUUCUUCUCGGGUGCAUGCGAAAACUAUACUCUUUAAAAAAUGACUACUUAUUUAGAAUGCGUUUUUCUCACUGAUUUUCGAUGCCAUUAAAAAUUCAAUAAUGUUUCAUAGAAAGCAUGCAGAAAUUUUUUUAUUAUUUUGCUCAUUCGGUAAGACAUUACGUCUGCGUUCAACCUUAUAUUCGCAAAAAGUGUAUAAUUUCGCUUUCAAAAACUUUUCCGAUUCCCGAAUAAUUUUGAACCCGAUCUACCGUUACGAUUGGAAUCAAGAUUUCCAAACUACAAGCCGUACAUUUGCCGCUUACGGAAAAUCAUGCACUUAUCUGCCAUAUUAAGAGGAGACCAUAAGGGGUCCAUAAAAUGUAGCAAUGGAUUUGAACAAUAUGGCUAACUUUGGAAGCCAGAUUCGUAAAUGCAGAUAUAUGGCGUUUUAUGAACGGCUAUUUCACGGUAUUAAAAAAUCCCGCAAAUAGAAACUUUUUAAAACCGAAUUAUACUCAUCCAUCGAGUAAAGCGUUGAAUGAAGGCGUAAUUUCCUUCCGAAUAAGUAGAGGAAUGAAUAUUUUUAUGCAUGGGUGGAAGCUACUACGCAAAUCCCAGGUUCUUGUUGUACAGAAGAUGAACACAGUCGCUGCUUCCGCACGCGCCCACGGCGAACAAACGGAGGAGAGCCGCCAACACUCUGGCACCCUCUACCAUAUAUAAAGAACCUGUCCGAAGCGAUAGAACGCAUCGCUGGAGAGCUCGGCGUGAAUAACGCUCACCGUCCGACAGCGACCAUGAGCAGCAAAAUCAUGCGAGUGAAGGAUUGCCUAGACGUGGAAGAACAAUCGGUAUUACCUAUCAGAUCCCAUGUCGGGACUGCCCUCGCCACUACACAGGACAGACCGGACGACGACUUAGCUCACAAAUAACGGAGCACAAACGGGCGGAUCGGAGAGGCAGCCCCUUGUUUCAGAUCGCCACCCACACCCUGGAGGAAGGCCAUAAAUUCAACUUCGCGAGCACGCGGAUAGUAGAGCAGGCCAGCAAUAAGACAGAGCGAGAACUGUUAGGGGCCUGGGUAUCUGACACCAACUCUAUCAACAGACACGUUGACAUACCCCCCCUGCUAUCACACGCUCCGUUCCCGCGGCCAAGAGGCGAGACCCGAUUUCCAGCGAAGGGUGCACGCAGUCACGCCACCGUGAGACGGCGUUGGACUCAACUUAUCGCGAAUACCACCCUCUGCACUCAUAUCUCUUCCACCCUUCAUGACGAGCAGAGGUUUUCUUUCCAUAAAUUCGUUUCGGUAGUUGCUGUUGUCUCUGAUGAUGGGUUCGAGCAGGAAUCUGAAAAGUCAGGUUAAGAAAGAUCUUGUCUCAGCGAUCGUGUCUCCUUCUUUAAGACUACUUCCUGGGACUCCUCUCUUCGCUUCUAUUCGUAAUGUUCAUCUUUCAGCACAAUUGUUUUUGCGGAUGCGGUGAAAUAAGAGGCAGUGAGGGGUAGAAUGUGUUGUGCCGGAAGUGAAUGAAGUUAGUCGACCUUCGGCCACGACUGGGGUGGGGGAAGGUCUUGCACAGAACGGUGCUACGAAACCCAUCGCAGUAGGUUCAGCGGUUGCUACUUAUGUAACCAAUCUUUACAGAGUGUAGUUUCUCGGCGCCCGGUAAGACCUUCGUUCAAAGGCCGGCAUCCUGAAGUAACUGUACAAUUACGGAAUUAUGCUGCUUGGUGAUUAAUAUAACAGCCUUACAUAAGUAAUCUUUCCAAGUCGGUUAACUCUAUACUACUGACUGUCAAGAGCAGGUGUGAAGGACAUCUACGGAAGUUUUAAAACAAAUUGUCAUUUGCUCAAGCAUAGAAAUUCCUACGAUUGAACGGAAAACUUGCUAGUGAAUACGAUGUGACAAAAAACGCCAAAUGUUGUGUGCGCGGCUAACUUAAGUUUAUUCUAGGACCCAGCAAGCGUUGCGCACAAACAUCCACACCGCCGAAGACAGCAAUAUUACUGAAUUUAAUCAACCUAUUGAAAAAUGCAUACGCGGUUUACACCGAACCCAAGCAGAAUAAAGGGAGCUGUUGCCGCAAUACACUGCUUCACGUCCAAAUGUCAACUAUGAGAAGCUCUUUUCGGCUCGCGACGCACAGACUGGAGUUAAAAUCAGAUGCUAAACGUGUGACGGCUGUUUACUUUCCCAAGUUUUCUCAAUCAACCUGCUUUCCCCGACUAGAGGUAUGAAUGUGCGCUGAACAAAAAAAAACAGGCACGUUUCUAACCCUCAGACAAGUGCGGUUUUUUUCGCGGAAUCUCGUUCCGUUGGAGCCCGUAUCUCUGAUUCCCCUUCAAGAAAUUGUCGGGCCUUUUUUAUUUAAGGAGGGAAACCCCAGAGAUGCAAUUAGGCAGAAAUUAACCCCAAGGAUUUGACGAUUUUGCGACUUUUGUUUUUGUCAAGUGUUUGGCAGCCAGUCUCAGCAACGCCUGCGUGUUCAUAUUGAGCGCAUGCGGGGUGAGAAACAGGCGUGUUAAUCGAAAACAGUAUCACAUGGGUUCGAUCACAACGCGUCAGGCAAACAGCAUGCAGUCUUUGUAGGCAGCCGAAGGGCGGUUCAUCCAAAAGCCUAUAUCCUAAAGUUACUGAAUUAUUGUAGGGUUAUGCUGCAAGGUGACUACUUUUACAACCCUACUCAAGCAAUCUUUUCGAGUCGAAAAAGCCUCAGAGGAUUUCGGUUAACAUUUCGUGAGUCAACCAAUCAACUUAGUAUUGGGGUCAUAGGAUGUCACCAUGGCGGCACACGUACUACUACGGUGUCUUAUGACCCCAGUAUAUACUACUGACCGCCUGUUGGAAGGUUAAUACAUAGUACGUGGUUAUGUUGUUGCGGCUAAUGAGCCUCGGCCCAGAUAUUCAUAUAAAAUGUCGGUUUGAGCCUACAGACCUAAGUUUAAACUGAUUCAAUUCAACUUGCCGUCAAAUUGGUGGGGGGGGGGGAAUUAGACAGCAACAGUUUAUAACUUAAAAAGGAGCAAUCACCUUUCUACCAAUCCAACAAAAGUCCCUGCGAUUGGUAUAGAAAGCCCUACGCACUUGGAGGCCAUUUUUGUCUUUUCGUCAUUUAUAACCUAAGAAUACUGCAAAUUUUAGUUGAGCGCACAUAACAGCCAUUGCCCGACGGGUCUAUGUUAUCGAAAACAAGCUGCUUUAAAGUAAAAAUCUGCUCUAUAUAAGCUGACGAGGACUGUUGCCAAGAUAAGUUCACGGUUUUCGCACGAGGUAGACAACCAUGCGGUAUCCAUUAAGUGCUGUGGUCCCCUGCGUGCUGCUUAGUGUCGCCUGCUGUGGUCUGUCGAUUUUCAUUAUUUUGACUAAAAUUCCACCGUAUUUUUCCUUUUUGUAUUUUUUUAAUUAACAUCCAUUUUAUAUGGGCCAUUAUGUAGUAAGAUUACCCUUAAUCUUAAAAAAUUCAAAGUAUUCUGCAUUUCCUUCCUCGCCCAUUAUAGUUGACCCAUCAACCUGUAAUACUUGAAAGGACUAGACAAUCACUGACUAAUAGCUUUAGCUAAGUCGGUAGUUGAUGGCAAAUGCCUGUUUAAGUGUUUUUCUUCCGGACUUUUGAACCACUAAAAUGCACUAAAAUGUGGUAACAAAAACGGCAGGAAAUGUCGUUUGCUUCAAAUCAGAUCAGUCUGUUAUAACAUAUGCGUGGGAAAUUUUAGAUUUAAGCUACUAGAGAAGUAGGCUUCGGGAACAAAUUAACCAAGUGGUUAGUUUUUAAACGAAAACUCCAUCGGCUAAAGCUGGGUUUUCGGACAAAAUUUGUGACUGUCUGGCUAGUGGCCACGUGCUGCGUUUGAUGCCAUUUUCAAGGUAGACUGACAACUUGUGCUUCCAACGCAAAAUUAAAUUCAGUAGACUAUGACAUCUCACAUGUGUUUUGUAUGCAAACAAGGAAAUAUUUUAUCCUAUCUAAUACUUACACCCUUCAGUAUCCAAUUAACGGAGUUGGAAUAUUACAGUAAUUCAGCACAUUCUUCAGUUUUUUAACAACUCGAGGGGUCAUAGUGCAAAUGCAUCCCCAAACACUGAGAUGUAAAAGUUGAGCUGAAGGGCAACCAAGCAUUAGGAUCUGGUGAUGCAUACACAGUAAGAGGCCUAAUGCUACUAGCCGUGGCAUAACUGCCCGCUGGCAGAUCGCGUGCAAAUUCGCCGGUCCCAAAAAGUUCUCCGACGUCCUCAGUUUCUCACUAGCCGUUUGGUGCCCUUUUUGCAUUAGCAUAGUUUCGUAAUUGCGGAUAAUGACUGGAUAAAGACUGCACUUUGUAAUUGCUAAAAUGUAUGAGUAUAUUUAAUGUGGAAAUGAAUUUGACGCAAGAUAGUAUCGCUUCUGCUUAGAGCAGUUUAUUACAGCAUACAGUAAAAAAUUAUAAUGUUGGGUCUAAGGGAAGGCUUUGGAAAGAAGCUGAUUAAAUGGUUGGUUGUAAGACGAAAAAUUGAACGGCCAAAAAUAGGUGCCAAUACAGUAUAUUCUCAUUCUCCGACUGCUUACCACACACUACCUUUCACGUCGAUUUCAAAAUGGAGGAAGCUUGUCCAAAGGCUGCCAGCCAAUGUCUGUAACGCGACAUUGAAUGCAGUGGAAUAUGUCAUAUCACAUAUAUUAUAUAUUCAGACAAGAAGAACCCCUAUUUUAUUUGAUAUUGAGACAUCGGAAGAUUCAAACCGGGCGUCGAAUACCUAAUUAGCAAGGAUGGAAUACUUUACUCAGCAAAUUUCUGCUUUUAACAACUCGAUAUAUCAAAAUGCGAAUGAUUCAGCAUCGCGCAUCAUGAUCCGCCAGAAAAUCACACGUAAAUUCGCUAGUCCCAAUAAUACCGCUUUGACAUGCUCAGUUUCAUAUUAGGCAGUUUAAUACCCUUUUGUAUUGGUAUAGUCCCAUGAUUGUUGAUAAUGACUGCACUGUCUCGUAAGUGCACAUUUACGGUGAAAUAUCAUCUUCCUCUCGUCUUAAAGCUAUCCAAAUUGAACCCGGCUUUCCGGUUGCCUGUGGGGUCCCAGCUAUCCAACGAGUACACGACCUGGCCGCCAGACGCAGUAAAAUCCGCGCAACACCCCACAGUUGGCCUUGGCACGUAAGUAGGUUGCAUAAUGCAAAAAUUAAAAAAAACCAAGAAUAAUGUCGGAUAGUAGUGAGCUUUACUAGUGCAAUACCUGUUAAGUAAUGUCUGUUUUUUUCAUAGCCAGUCAUGAAUACUGGCAAAGCCGUUAUUGUCCAUCGAUCUGUCUCAAGUCCCCAUUGGCUGCAUCCCGAUUUUCAAGGGUCACUGAGUAAAUGUGGACUGCCGGUUUGAUUGGCUGGUUGAAAGUACGGUAAAACUAAAAACCAGCCAGCGCAUAUUGCGUCCUGACUACUUGAAAUUCUACAAGAUGGAUUAAAACAGUAUUUGAUGACCAAAGGUGUGCGCAAAGUAUGAACAUAAGUUACACAAGUUCGACACCACUAGAAGCGCUUAAGCGAGUAAAUUUAAUUAUCAAGCAGCAAAUCAUCGGUUCACGGGCAGAGAAUAUAUAGUUACAAAUCCAAAUAAGCAUUUGAAGUAAUUGAUUAUCUUGAAAUCCACCAUCAAACGGUAUGAUCAGUUACCUACCAGUGUAUAUUUGUAAAAAUAUGAGUGCUAAAACUUUUUAACACCCAAAAGCUGAGGUAUUAUGGACAGCAUGUGAACGUAUGGUCAGGAUGGUUGUGAUUGCUGACAGAAGCAAAUGGGCGAGUUCCAGGAAGCAGGAACAAGCAAUUUACUGGUCUAACGUUCCGGAUUCUCAAGGAACAAGGAGUGUACGUGGCUGCCAUGGCAUCAUAUGCGCAUUGCAAUCAAAAGUUCUCGCAAUUACCGCUGGCGCCGUAAUUGAUGCGUCGUUACCUGUCGCGAUUUCGUCAUCCGUGUUGGAUGCUGGUGUGACGAUUGUUCGGCAAACUGGCUCACUGUCACGGAGACUAUUGCUCGCGCGCGCACUUUCCACGUGACCGAUUCCCCUGCCCAAGGAAAAUGUCAGCAUGGAUUGCGGUACGGGAGGUCGUUGUGCUUACUGAUGGAUUGUGAGAGUACGCAUAUGGUCCCAUAGCAGCCACGUGUUAUAAAAACUGCACUCCUUGUGUCACCACUACCUUUAUCUGCGACUGUCUAUGAUGAUGAGUUCGAGUGAGAAUCCGAAACGUCAGACCAAUAAAUUUCGUCUUUCAGUGAUUGCAUCUUCAUCUUUUUAAUCGCUGUGAUUCUAGGCUAUAUACAAAUAUGUAGUGUAGUGUUUUAUGUGUUCAGGUCGUUAAAGUCAAGCAUUAGACACAAUUAAAGCGGCCUGCAUAGCUGAAACAGUGCGAAUGAACACAUAUGCAUAGGGCCAAUAUCAGUAAAAAUUUAAAAGACAAACUCAGUGUCAGCCCAACUUAAACGUCCUACAGUGACGUAUAUAUCGAAAGCCGCACUGCCCUCGACUGCAGAAAUCGAAGACUUCGAGGUCGUAGGUGCAAGUGUUGGCUAAAUGCAUUUUUUUCCAAAGCCAUUCUCAAAAAUCGCAGAAUAUAUUAUUUCCAUCGAUCAGAGGAUCAAGUCUACGUCACAAUGUUGUAGGGAACCAGUAUGGACUACGUCAUACACCUUCACGUAACAUUAUAAUGCAAUAAGAUGUUGUCCUUCAAGGUGGGAUUAUGGUCGGCCCGUUUCGGAGAAUAUCCAUUUUGUGGAGGGACACUCAUCAGCCCCUCCCUUGUCCUAACUGCGGCGCAUUGCGUGGGCGGUCACUUUGGUUGCGAAGAGUUCCCCCUUGGAGUGGAAUUCGGCAUGCCGGCAACACCGGGCAAUCGGCUGCAGGUGCUUGUGGGUGCCCAUGACUACACGAGAGGGGAUGGUUCCGAGCGAUGGUAUACUGUGAGGCGCAUUGUCGUCCAUCCGAUGUACAACCAAAACGUAGCCCUGGAGGGCAAUGAUAUCGCGAUACUGAAGCUUGACGUUAGCAUAGUGCCAGGUACGUUGACGCGAGGCUUUCAGGAAUCUGCAUCUAUUUACAAGUAGGGAUACCUUAAGCAAACAUGCACGACAGAUUGAAUUCAAAUUUGUAUCUGUUUUUGCUUGUCCACCACCACCACCACUGACACGUCGGGUCAGUAAACGUCUUGUUUCAGCAGUCGCGUCUACUCCUUUUGAGGUGUUACUAUACCAGCCCUAGAUUCUUCAAAGUACUCAAGCGGCCACUGUUAACUCACUCUCACGCGAGGUCAUUUGAUCCACCACCACCACCACCACCACCACCACCACCACCACCACCAUCAUCAUCAUAACCUUCAAACUCUAGAUCCUUCUCUCUAACAAACGGACAUACCAGAAUAAUAUUUUUUUAAUGUAUAUGUUUUUACUUCCGUUUUAAAGUCACACAUUAGCUCACCUCUUGCUUUCUCCUCAACUCUAUAUAUGACUAGCACAGAAUGAGCGCAUUAUAAAAAGCAUACAUCUACUUGCUCCAAAACAACUUUCAUCUGUCAUUACGCAAUAAUGAGCCCUAUCCAUUGGAAUUUAAGAAUUAUGCCCAAUAUUAUGACUUUAUUUUUUUCCUGUUGCCGUUGUUAAGAUGAGGCAGUACAGCCUAUUUGCUUCCCGUCCAGUCGUGUCGUUCUACUGCAAGGACAAAUGUGUUUCUUUGCUGGCUGGGGAAAGAUGUAUACGAGAUGGUCAAUGGGCAAUCUGGUAUUACCAAGGACUCUCAGAGAAGCGGAAGUUCAGAUUGAACUUGAUGAACACUGCAUGCAAUACUUCAACCCGUAUUAUCGAGAUCGUCACACCUGCCUGAGAACACCAGGCACGGUAUGUCCUAAACGUGUUACUGCCUCCGACCAAAUAUGAUACUUGUGAAUGACGACAUUGUACUUAACUGCAAUAGGUAGACGGUUCUUUCCCAGAUAGCGCAAAAUCACUGAUGAAGAGAAUUUGGACACAGUACUUUUAUACUGCAUCUCAUAUUUGGUGUCAACCUCCGUAGGUGGCUCUAAAGGUAUUGAUGUGGAGUUAUUUUGAAUGGCAUAUACACUGUCGAAAGAAUAAAUACUCGCAAAAAGAAUGAGGAGAUCAGUCGGCAUAUAUUCAGCAGGACACCUGGUCUUGAAAAAGGAGACACGAUCGCUGGAACAAGAGCUUCAUUAGCCCGAUGUUUCGGAUUUCUGCUCGAACCCAUCAUCAGAGAUAAAAGCAGACACGGCUGGUUCAUGCACAAGGGGCUGCAGUAUUUGUAGGAUGCAGUCGCCAUGCCAGCGCAUACCUAUGAACAUUCCCGGGUCCCCUAUUCACCCGGGAUCGUUGCACUUGGUGCGCUAAUUGUUUGAUGGCCGACAUUCGCGUCGUUGAUUGACGCAAUCUCAUCAAGUGCGUUUGAUGUUGGUGUGAUGAUUGCUCGACCAUCUGACGCACCGAUCCUGGAGUUAAGAAAAGUGUUCACCCGCGCGCUCCUGCAUGGCCAAUUAGUCCGCCUAGGCGAAGCCUCAGCACGGAGUAUGGAAGGGGAAAUUCAUUGCACUCGUUAAUGGGCUGGGGGCCAGUAAAUCAUGAUUCAAGCAACUCCCGACUCACGCGGUUGUCACCUCUUGCGAGAAUUUCAGCCCCCUCGAAUUCGAAUGUGUGGCCGGAUCUAGUCGAAUGAGCGGCGACUGGAGAGCUGGCGUCAAUUCCCCUCACCGCUGCAGCGUGUUCGGCGAUUCUCGCAUUCGGAGCUGUCUUCCUGGUCGCGAUGUGAUUGGUAGCUCAGAUCGCAGAUUAGGCAUCAAGACAAAAUGGGACGGCGUGUCCCAAAUGAGACGGCCACCAUAAUAAUUAAUAUUUUCGAUGACAAUACAGUAGACGUCAAGCCAGAUAACUGUCGCCGCAGUUUAAGCCGCAGGAUGACCUUAGCCACCCGAGCUUCAGGUUCGAUCCCAAAGGGGAAGAGAAGAAGUUGGACACCAGUUGCGAGAAUAGUGCAUUCUGCUGAAAAUAAUCGGUCGACUUUGAAGGUAAUUGGCCAGUUUUGGCGGUCAUGAUUGGCCGAGAGUGCGCCCAGGGCUGUUAGAACGGCGUGGGCGUCAUCAUAUCACGCCUUGUGCAAGAGCACGUCUGGGUCGACCUUGAAGGUAAUUGACCAGUUUGGGCGGUCAGGAUUGGCCGAGACUGCGCCCUGGGCUGAGAGAACGGCGUGGGCGUCAUCAUAUCACGCCUUGCGCUAGAGCACGACUGAGUCGUCCUUGAAGAUGACUGGCCAGUUUGCACGGUCAUGAUUGGCCGAGAAGUGGUGAGCACUACACAUCUAUCACAUAAUACUUGGCCUGGGACUGUAGGUAUGCGAUGCCAUUGUAGUGAAUGUCCUCCUUGUGCUCGCGUCUGAAUGUAGGCGGCUGCCGACUUACGGAUGAGAAGCAUCAUCUGUUAUACGGCUACCGUGGAUGCUAUGUAACAGUCUCUGUUACAUUAAUUGCCCUCAUCGCAGUAGAGGAUGCGCAGCUAUCUAUUGAUCUAAUGCUCGAGAGCCAGGCUGGCUGAUUCAUCGUGAGCUCUUCAUAAAGAAAUAAAUUCUUUCCCAGUUUUGGAACGUUCUUUAAUAUUCCUCAAGCCGUGACAUCCUGUGUUUAUUUUUGUUUGCCAGAAUUUGUUAAAAUGAACUCAACAGCAACUCGUAAUGCUUUGACGCUUAUAUUAUGCAUAUAUUUUGAGACAUUUGCAUAGAUUCUUGUGCUGUGGACACUGAUUUGAGUUUUUGCCGAUUAGUCGUUUGGAUGAACAUUGACGUAAAAAAAGUAAAUUUGGUCCCUAGACGGGACAAGUGAAUAGGAACACACACAAUUCCGGAAAAGGCAAGGCGUUCCUGCGCACUAAGCCAAACAAUAAUUCUUAUAAAAAAACCGUUGCCCACAUAUUACCCCUAACCAUAGCCAUAACAUUAAGUCUGCAGUUACGGCUAGCCUCUACCUUAUCCCUUAACUUGAUCCUGAUUUACACUACAGUAAACUUUAAAUCCAGCUUUAAAUCUAAUUCAUAAUCUAGCACUAGCCAUAACCUCAAACCGUACCCUAAUUUUAUUGGGAUCUGGCUCCAAGUCACUCAUAGUAAAGAAGAUUCUCGUUUUUCUGCCCCGUUAAGGACGCCAUAUAAGUCAGUCCUACUCAAAAUGUUGCUAUUAUUGAGUAUUCGCCUAAAAAACGUACCCGUAGAAUUGUUGAUACCAAUCCUUCCAGAUGUAAAUCCGUGUCCAGUUGUCUGCCUAGUUGCAAUCUUAACACUGCGCAUGUCAUUACCGAGCCUUGUUAUUUAUUUUUCAUGUGUCCUCUCAUAUUGAUCAAGUCGAAUAUUCGAGAUGAUGGAUAAAAAAGAAUUUUGAAACCUUUUUGGUUAAUAAAUACUAUUACGGCGCUUUGGGGAUUUUUAAAACAGCAAGAAGUCGUUAGAUAUAAGCAUGAGUUCAUGUGUUUUUUCUGUGUGGAAACGGCAAAACAGAGUAAAUAAAUUUCUGCUUGGAAAUACAGGAAGGUUCAUUUAAACGGUUUGAUUAAAGUUGUGUGACGGGCAGCGUUAUGGAGCAUAGACGCAUUUGCCGACCUGGUGAGAAUUGGGAGAAUCAAACAAUGACGGUUGUUGUAGCUCAGAUGCCAGCUCAUUCUCUGUGUUUCUCAACGUACGAAAACUGAGGCAAAAAGCCAGCUUUCAGACUGAGAGUCCGCGAAACGGUAAGCCUUCUUGUGAGCAGAGUAGCCACCAACAAGCACAUACGCAUAAGAUGCAACUGUAGGUUUCUGUUCAACCAUGUUGAACAGGUAUUCCAUGCAUUUUAGAGUCCAUGCGGAGGCGACAGCGGUGGCGGACUAUUUUGUCCUUCAGUGGAAGGCAGCUGGUUCUGGUAUGGAGCGAUUCAUGGCGGAAGGGCGGACUGUUUGAUUGACGCAGCGGUGGUCAUCAAUGUUAUGACACUUCACGAGUGGAUAAAAACCAGCGCUUUUCGCCUGGGUCUGUAAUACAACAUUGAAUGAAAAGUCAGUUUUAAUUGAAUAAAAAAAACUGUUUACCAAGGAAAACGGCAUGCUAUGUGGGCCUUCGGCCUUAUUGACUCUGUACUGUCAGCGGGCUUUGAAGGGGGUGGGGAGGGGAAGCAGAGAGUGCGGAAGGUGACACGCAAGUCUAAUACCACUAUGAAAUAAGUCACAGGUAAGUUCGCAUCCCCACCGUCGUCCUGCUGUGGAGCCCACAGUGGACAUCCUCAGUCACAACGGUUGAACUGUCGCCACGCAAGUUUGUUCACAACGAUCGUGGGGGGCGACGUAAGGUCGGUCACAAGCAUUAUAUAGACGAAAUUACCACAUGAGAGUUAAAAAUACUUUUUUUAACUAAAAUUUGAGACCGACGCCCUUGUGGUCAUAUCUGUGCCAAAGGAAUUGUCGUCUCAGAUCGAAAUACGUAUCCGUUGGACAAGAUCGCGAAAUGCAGCCCUAAAGUAUAUGGUCGUGUUGGCCUCGAUCACAAAAAGCUUAAUGUGGAUAAUCGUGUUUAAGUCAUUGGAGUGUGUGCCUGGACGGAAGCUGAUUGGCUUUCACAAGUGGCCAAGUUAAGUAUUUUAAAGUCGAUCUGCAAAUCACUUCACGACAUUUGGUAUUCCCGCGGUGGUAUAUUAUUUAAUUGUAAGCGGAAGCAGCUAUGCAUGAGCAAUUACUUCAGUACAUACGCACUCGCGAGAGAAGGAGUUGAGGAAGGAGAUGACUAGACCAAGCGGUUUCAGGAAACUUUCCGGCAGUAAUAUUGCUGGGCAAGAAUAGGCUACCGACUCAGACCUUCUCCAUGUGCAUUUGUUCUUCUACUUGCUCCUGUGGAGCAGGCUACAUUGGUCCUACGAGUCGAGGCGCCUGUUCACUGAGAAUAGCUCCAUGCUCGCACACGUGGUGGAUUCUGGGCUUUGUGUGGACCUCAACGGAGCCCUCCGUGUGAUUUCCAACGUUACACCUAACUACCAUAAGCGACUGGAUCAGCGUUUGCUAGCAACAGCUGAAACCACAGCUAUCAGGCUACGGAGCUUGGUCCCAUGCGCGCAGAAGAACCUCAUGUACGCUCCUAGACGUACUUCUAAGCAGAUGUGCUGACGCCAGCAUCCGAACAUCUGGCAUGGACAAUAUACAACCGUCUACACUUUCCUGUCCCUUCAACAGAAACGCAAUCUGGACCACUGGUUGGCGCAAUGGAUUAAAAAAAUCGAUCGGUAGAUAACGGUGAUGAAGAACUUAGAAGAGUCCUUGCGGGGACGGGUAUGCUGACAUAAUUAUUUUAAAGAAUAUUGUCACGCGAUCGACAAAACUCAUCAUACUGACCGCAGAAAAGAAAACGCUGUUCGUCGAAGUCGUCUUUCAAGGGGACGCGGCGUUUAAGCUCCUGAGAAGGCGCCUUGACCAUGUCAUUUCAAGGACCUUCCCGGCGGCCAGAGUUCAAGUAUUGUUUUUGACCAACGCCGUCUUACUCAGGCAAGGUACGGAUAGGCUACCAGCUCAGACCACCUCCAUGUGCAUUUACUCAUUUACUUUCUUCUGUGGAGCAGACAACAUUGGUCAUACGAGUCGGCGCCUAGCUGCAAGUAUACGAGAACACAUUUCGGCAUGACUGAGGAGAGGUAAGGGUAUACACAGCUCAAUCCUCGAACACGUGGUUGAAUAUGGGCACGGUGUGGAUCCCAACGAAGCCUUCCGUGUCAUUUCCAAGGUUCCACCUAACUACCCCAAGCGACUGGAUCAGCGCUUAUUAGGAACAGCUGAAGCGAUUGCCAUCAAGCUACGAAGGUCGGUCCUGUGCGCGCGAAAGUAUCUCUUGCGCGGUCAGCGUCUACUGCGGUCAAAGAUCUAUAAACCGCCCGUCCCUCCCCCUCCCCAUGUGACAGGUUCUACUUAACAAUCACUAGCACUUACUGCCUCCUCUCCCAUUAUCACAAACCACUUAUAUGCAGAGACGAACCGUUUUGCCUCACACCUCAUUCUCCUAUAAAUGAAUUGACCAGAGGAAAAUUUAUCCGAGGCACGGGUAUGUUCGUCAAAUGGUUAUCUGAAUUGCUGCAUGGGAGUUUUCACAACUCUAAAAGCGAUGUCCUAAACAAAUUCAGUUCCACGCCAUAUGUAAGCUGGAAAUGACGCAUGGAUAAGGUCAGAAAAACUGAAAAAGGAGCGACCACGUUAAACCCCAUCCGCCUACGAUUCGCUUUUGUAAAUCCCAGUCAAUUACGCACGGACCAGGCGUUCCUCGCAGAGGGGCGAAUCAAACACGGCUCCUGAUUCCGUCUCCGGUCUGCUUGAAUCUGCAUUGACGCGGGAUCCAGGUGGAGGAUGGGAGGGCGCAACAAAUGUGUCCAGUUGGAGAGCCAAUAAGGAAUGAGCUAGAUGCGUCAGGCGAAUAAGGCCCUUGUUCCAGCGAUCGCUUCUUCUUCUUCUUUUUCUUUUUCUUCUUCUUCUUCUUCUGAUCAACUUGUUCCUGGAACUCGCAUAUUGGCUUGUAUCGGCAAUCACUAUCACUACCUGGCCAUAUCGAAGGCCAGUGUUCGCGAGGAGUAGUCGCUUAUCCAAUUGCGAUAGUGGUUAUCGCGGCAGGGAGUAGCUCUGAGAACGAUGGGAAGCACAAUGACAGAGAGCCGGCCGCUGGCGCUGUUGGUCCUGGCGUAGGUCCAUGCGUGCGCCUGAUUCAUGUCCAGCUGCAACCAAUCAUUGAGGAGGCAGAUGUCGGUGUGCAUUAAGCUGUCGCCACGGUGGGGAGGGGGGAUGCUUCUGUAAACCCCCAGUCCAGUACGCACAUACCUGGCGUGUGUGGUCCGCGCAAAGGAAGGAAUCACAGUUGUCAAACACGGCGCCUGAUUCAGUCUACGGUCUUCUUGACUCUGCCAUGACAGAGGAUCCAGGUGCAUGAGCAGAGAGUGCACCAAAUGUGUCCAGUUGCAGAGCCAAGAAGGAGUGAGGAGGAUGUUGAGUAAGUGCACCAUAAACUAAUUUACGCUCAUGUCGCCGUUUUCGCGAGGAGCACAUGGCGGGUCGAACUGUCGAAACCUAAAGCUAACUCGCUGAGGCAAUGGGGAUAGAAUGAUUUCUGUCGCCUUCCGAUUUGGUUUAGUAGCCCCACCCGAAGUAAACAACUCCCAGUCAUCUCAAAUACGGAACCGGUGGUAAUAAGGGUUUUCACAGGUGGAGCUGGGAAACGCACAGGUGACAAGGUCAAGUAGAUGAAUGUAGAAGAGAAGCCAUUGGGGGUGCGUGGUUGUACUUUCAAUGAUUGAGAAAUAGUUGCGCUAACCGCCAACUCUAACCCUAACCGUUAACUAUAGUACCUUAUCCUAAACCCCAACCGCUAACCCUAAGCGUUAACUCUAACCCAUAACCCUAGUUCCUCAUCAUUACCCCUAACCACUAACCCUGAUCCUUUACCUCAACCCAAACAGUAUUGUAUGCAUGGGGUGGCGCUAAAAAACCACAUAUUACUGUAAUAAGCGUCCUACUGUCAACUGCUAAAGUGUUGUGUCUUCGGGGCCAUAGUUCUAAUGAUAGGCUUUGAUUAUAUUGCAGUAAUAAAUCCUCCAUGCCAACUUGGUUCAUUUUUCAAAAUGUGUGAGAGAAGAGUGCGGCUAAUUAUGUACACGUCACUGUAGAGUAGUCCAGGUGCAAGUCAACGACUUUGCGUCCGCCAUGCGAUGAUGCACACGGUGGAUACCACACUGGAUACCACAAUCAAACAGUCCGACUGUCUGUGUCUGCUUGGAUCACGCGGUAGAUGUUUUGAUAUUACACAAAAGGCUAGAGUGAAUCCCAGUAGGCUUUAUCGAGAAGACGCACAUAUAACAAAUGCCAGCAUUUGGGGUGUAAUGGAAAACCCAACUGGAGGCACUCGUCGCAUCAACUGGGAUCCCUGUCACUCCUUAUAUUCGUUGUCGUUGAAAAUCCUGGUCAAGUGUUUGUUGUGUUCCUGGGAGUGUUGUGGUACGCCAAGGUUUCUUUUUCCUUAAUCUGCAUCUGGUGCCGACUUCAGCUGAGAGUUAUUUAAAUCCUGAAUACCGAAAUUUUUGAAUAUUUAGGAUGAUUAUAAAUGACUGCAACGCAAUUCGAAAUUCCAAGAGGCAACAAAAAUAAGCAUCCAUGAGUAUGCAAAAAUGGCAAUUCAAGAUUCUGGCUUAAGUCACCAAACCUAAGCUUUGCAUGCGCGGACACAUAUGGGAUUGGCUAUGAGUCGUUUACUAAGGGUGUAACCUGUGGCACUGUCGGUUGUUCGCUCAUAUAAAUCUGUUCAAAUACUUUCUUCACAAUCAGGUUCCCCAUUUCUAUAAAAAGCCAGCUUAUCGUCCGUUUGAUCAUAUCCUUUUAGAUAGGAAGAAAACAUUGACUGCCUCUACUGUACGUUCUAUAUAUGGGAUUCUUUGCAGUCCUGUAUGGCAACACCCAAUGUCAUUGCAUAUGUACUCGUUCGAAAACGUGCAUCGGGGAUAAGCGUUUUGAAACGCUGACGUCAUCGGUUGACCGGUCUUGUUAUUAUGCUCGUCUGUGACCUGGCUUGCGACGCUACUUUGGCCACUGGGGACAGCAAUAAAAUGCGAAAGGUCAGUGGGGGCCAGAUGAUGUCAGAUCAACAUGAGCAACACACAAUAUGUUUGGCCGGUCUGAGAAUAUAGGUUGAAGGGUGGUGAAAGACGAUUUAUUCAGUGGACAGGGCACAGUGUUGUGGGUUGGUGACUGCAAAGAGAGGUUGAUUUGGGAACGCGUGAGAUUCAGGCAGGCAUUCCUUCAGUAACUGACUGUUACCUGGGCAUUAACGGUUCAUUAUACUUAAUUGACCGUUAUCGUUGAAAAUAACGCAGACUAUCUUAACCACCAUGUCAUGUCUCAUGUCAUCAGUAUGGCGGAAUUACACUCUAACGUAGUGUAGAUUAGCGAAAAAUAAAUGAACCUUCAAUUUGCUAUUCUUAAUAUUACUGCUGAAUUUAGUCAACGGAAUAUACUUCAAUCAAGGGCUUAAAUAUCGACUUCAUAACACUAAUCGCAGAUCAAAUAUACCGACAUUGACAAACAUAGCUCAUCAAAUAGUGGAAACAUAUUUCGCAAUCAGCGGAUGAUCCAAGUGAUAUUAAAGAUCAAAUAUUUGAAAAUAGUACUCAUCUAAUUAAAUGUAUGCGCUAGUUCUGAGUUUCCAUGGUUUUUUCUCGCUUUGGUUUUGCUUAUACUCCAGUCGGCAUGGAUCGGUCGCAUUGUUUUUUUUCGAAAACAACAAUGCAAUGCCUAGGCAAAUAAAAACCGAGCCCGAGAAGCAACAAUGUUACUGGCAUUGCUUAAUUCGCGCUGUUUAAACACUUUUUAGUCAUCGACUAGGGUCCUAAAACAUACAAAAGACUAAGUGCUCUUUAAGGCAUCUUAACUGCCAAUUGACAUUUAUAAGUGUGUGUUGCGGCGGAUUAUCCAGUCUGACCGCAAUAAACGGCAGCACAUGCAUCACAUAAGAUUUUUCUUGUUCGGUUGACUUAUUCUUUUCUUAGGAUGUGCCAACAUAUAGUGCAAAGUAGUCGUGCUUUUAUGCACUACUUGAAUUGGGUGCUUCCUUAAGUGUAUUUCAACGAGUUCAGUCACAUUGAUAUUGCAAGGAACAGUUUGGCAAGGGCUUACUUCCGGCGUCAAAUUAAAACCAACUGGUUUUUUAUCCCUUGAGGCCUGCUGCAGCAUGCAUUUGAGUACAAAUCUUUGGGGAAACCAUUCUGAGAAACUCAUUUACAGAGGUAAUUCAGUUCAACGUAAUAACUUUCUUCGUCAGAACAAUGCGUUUUUGUCCGACUAAGCAGACUGUUGACAGCAAUUUGCCCGUGAAAAAUGGGACGGUUGGUCCUAGAAUGUAGAUUAUUUUCCUUGCAAGUUUCUUUCCGGUAAACAAAUGUUGCUAACGCCGUGUCGGCCUUUCGAUGCACGAGCACAUCCAGAAAAGAGAGCUUCCAUCAACUUACUUUUCAAAUGUGAAUUGAAUGCCAGGAUUUUCUGAGUUGAUAGUAUUAAGCCGAAUUUUUGUUGAUCCUUCUGGACCGACGUCUCGCAGCAACAAUAUAGGAGAAACCAACAAGACAGCAGUAGCCUUUAGUUUCUGCACUGUUAUUUCAGUAAGAAAAUCAUAAUUAGGCGACCCCAUAGAAGUUUCUUUCAGCUGCUUGUAGCAAUGAUAAUAGAAUGAGAAGUUAAUUUCCAUGCGUAAGCCUAUUACUUCGAGCGGGAAGAAUAAUAAAAUGUUUGCCCAUUUUGAGGCCUUCUAUCGUCUUUUUCUCUCCAAGUGAUAGUACUGUGAACUUACACCGACUUAUCAAGACUUUCACAGUACUGUUUCAAAUAGCAGACCGUUCGUCUUUCAUGAGAUUUACUGUUGAACUUAUAGGUUACGAGGUUGCAGGGAAAAUUAAACAAUGUGGACCAGAAAGAUUGUAUUUCAAUCCUUUGAAGAGCACAUUCUUUUGCUGAAACAAGGACUCUGGUGGACAGAUUUACGACGUCCCUUGAUCCCUGCUGAUUUGUAUUGUUUUUUUCUGAAAUGAUCAUUCAUGCUUUGUCUGAAUUAAUCCACUUUUUUGUCUUUCGAGUUCUGAAACAUGUAACGGAGUAUUGUUCAGCGAUUGCAAUAGGCACAAAGGAAGUUUUAACGCCGAGGAUGCAGGAGUACGGGCUGCCACUGGUGAUAAAAGUAGUCUCAUGUGGGACUAACCAUAAUCCAUCCUUCACCUUCACAGUCUUGUCUCUCACCCUAAAUCCUAACUUUCAUAACUUCAACUACACACAAGCCUAGGCUUCACCCAAGUACUGAACGUACAGACGUUAGAAACGACUAAAUUUGAAUUUGAUAUGCAAUGUAUGAGCCCGAAGUACACAAGUGAGGACGCUUACACUGCUCUAUUAAACCAUUUUUUAUGCAAUACAAAACACAUUUUAGACAAAUUAUUUAUUAACAGAAAGACCAAGGGACUUCAAUUCAAAUAAUCAGACGAAGGUAACAAAAGAAAUAUAUAAAUAUUACCCGCUUAAUGCUAAUUAGAAGACUUCAUGGAUGCAUGUUUCUAUAUGUAUAUUUCAAUAGAAAUGAGCUUCUUAGAAAAAAUAAAUAAACUUAAUUUUACAUUUUCGACUUUGCUGCCCCAAGUUGUCCUCAGCCGUGAAGUAAGUUUGCAAAAUAAGUAACAUUUAGACAUUCCUAAAAAACAAUCUUUCCCUGUCACCCCUGUUGGCAUAGUGUUCUGAUUAGCCUACACCUUUUGCAUGUUUUCUUAAGUCUGUUGUACACAGCAUGUAAUUAUACGUGUCGACUGGUUUAUGAGUUAUCAGAAUGGAUGGUCUCUUAAUAUUCGCAGCAUUUAUUCGAUUACCAGACAACUACAAUGUGAGCCAUGUAUAAAGCGAAUUUUUCUCCAGUUUCCAGGGCAUACCUCACAACUUGGGGAAAUGCCCUCGUCGUUUUAUGUCCAUUUGAUAUUCGUUUAUUCGUGUAAUUGCAGAUAUGCCAGGCAUUGCAGGAAUCACAUGGCAUCAAUAGACGAAUUCAUUUGUAUCUAAAUGGUCAACCCUAUCCUAAGUGUGUACAGACUGGUUAGGAAGUGUUGUCGUCGGCUUGUGCGCGACAUGUAUUUGGUGUUACCCAGAUGUCUUUUAAUUAGUUUGGACACAUACUUAAUGUACGGAAGUGUUCGCCAGUUUUUCGGUUGAGGCACGUGAUCGGAACCAUUCAGAUUCUUGUCUUGUUCAUUUAACUCCUGUAGUGUCAUGCAUCCGUAUACAAAACAUCUAGAACACCUAUCCAGGCAAAAUAGUUUAAACAAAUAUUUAAGUUUUGUUCGAUUGGUGUCCUUGCCAAAGCAGUGUGUUCGUUCGCGUUAAAGAAGGCCGUUCUCGGAACUCCGUUUGUGAGAGAUCACGUGAUUGCUCUCAAAAUGUAAACAAUUUCUGCGUAAGUUUCCUUGCGGUUAACUGAAAUGUCAAAUGUCCCAUCAUACUUUCUCUGUACGAGGACAUCAAGAAACGGGAAGUAGUUAGCAGCCUCUUUCCUGAGUUUAAAUGUGAUUUCUGGAAUUCUUGAGUUAAUAAUUUUGUUGGAUAUUUCCGGUUGAUAACUUUUAACAUUGAAAAUGUGUCAUCAGCUUAAUUUGCUCAUAACGGACCGCUAAUUGGUUUUAAGUCGAUAGCCUCUAAUUUCUGCGUGGCCUACAUCUGCGAGAAAACCAGAGAGUGAUGAUCCCGUAGGGGUUCUCUUAAACUGCUGAUAGUAUAUUUUUGCAAAUGAAAAGUUCGCUUUUAGAAAAGAGUUAAGAAUUCUAGAAAAAUAGAUUCAGGGAUUUAAAUUUCGCAGCACUGAAGACGUUCAUCUGUAUGCCAUCUUUCUUAAUCUAGUAGAAUGUAUGGCAAUAGAGAUUACAUAUCAAAGGACACCAUUCUUUUAUCUGCUGCGAUCUUUAUUCAUGGACAUUUGUCCAGAAACUCUAUUGACUUGUUUUUUGAUGUUUCGCAAUCGUUUGUCAACGGAUAGAAUUUGUGAAAAUGCUAUUUGAAAAUCUUGUAAUUAGUUUCAUGGACCAACAAUACUAUCGGUCGUAAUGGUACUUCAGGUUUGCGAAAAAUAGUUAGUUUACUUUCCUCGACUGUUCUUUGAAUACCUUUAUAGGGGAAGUUUGGUUGGCUGGAAUUCGUUGAGAAACGCCAAUUCAUUUUUUUGUCUAAAACACUCCAUUUUAUGUAUUUGGAUCCUUAGAACACAGACAAUUGCCUCGUUUAGAGAUUAAUUAAUUGCAAAGGGAGAUUUCGUCGGCAGAUUUGUGCAUGCUGUUCUUUGAAAGCUUGGAAUUCCUGACUUUUGUAGUCAGCACUGUUAUAAAGGCGCUGAGCAGGUUUUAGUCUUAACGUAAUGAAUUUUGAUGUCCUUAGGUAUUUCUAAUGACAAGUAUUAUGUUAACAGAUUUUGACAAAACCGUCUGAUUUUGGCUAUUAUGUUGUAAAAGCAACCGUUCUCGAGCGAGAAGUUUGCAAAUCACGCACUUUUCUCACCAUCUACGCUUACAAACUUUAUAGGUUUAAAUUUUAGAACAGGCGUUCAAAAAAGCGUUAUUCAAAAAAUACGUUUUCUGGGAAAGAUAAACAAAUUGAAUUGCAAGUUUCCGAACUUGGUUCCCCAAGUCGUCCUCAGACGUGAAGCAACUGUGAAAAACAGUUAAAAUUUAACCAUGCUUACAUAUAUAUAAACAGGAAGAUGAACAUUUCAGGGAACACAAUCCAUCCUUUGGGGAAUUGAACGAAAUUCAGUUCGAAAUUUUCCACGCUUGUUACCAGAGUCGUCGUCAGACGUGUAGAUAGUGUGAAUAGCGUUGAAAUUUAAAAAUGCCCAAAAAGUCGAUAGUGUUUUGCCAGUGUUGAGGAUGGGUCGAAUCUGUGGGCUAAAGUCACGCUUUGAUUGACUAUAAACUUUCCCGAGCUUGGGAAAGUGGACCCGUUUCCUUAAUGCUCAUUGUAUAUGAAGACGUUUAUAAACAAGAAUAUACACAUGUCAUUUACCGGAUAGACUGCAGUUGUGGUCAAGCCAAUUAUGUUGGUAAGCCGGCAACCAAGUACGCACGAGAUUGCACGAACUCGAGUUAGCUGUGGGACGGAAAGAUAAACUCUCCUUGGUAGCCGCCCACGCCUCCACGACAGGACACGGCUUCGACUUUAAGUGCGUGAGAAUAUUGGACCAGUCGGACGGCCAAGUUGCUCGCCUGCUGCAGGAAGCAUGGCAGUCAACCGAGGACUCGAUUAAUCGACAUAUCGAUUUGUCAAUCGCUUAUCAAGAACUGUGUGAGUAAAUCAACAGCGCAGAUAGAGGUCACUUCCGGCAGAGGUAAGUUAAAUACACGAUGAGUUGUACAAGUUUUCAUUCCUUGACGAUGGGCUCGCGUGAGAGUUCGAAACGUCGGACAAAUAAACCAUUGGUCACAGCGAUCGCCUUCCCGUCUUCUUCUAUGCAAUUACCUGGGCCGCGCGUAUUCUCUAUCAUUCGGAACACAUGUAUAUGCAAUGAUAAGGGCGCCCAAAUAUGGAAAUCUACUGUAGCGAUUGAUAUCUUACACCGAGAGUCAUAUAGGCCAUACAUUUGAGUCUACAUAUUAUCAAUCACCCAGAAGAUCUUGGUUCUCAAAACAACUUUUAGCCAUCAUAACUUAAACUACAACAUAACCCAUACAUAACCCAAAUCCUGAGCUCUUGGUAUUUUGGGGACAUUUGGAGUUAGGGUUGACCUGCAAUGUCUGUCCCUGCAGUCCACAAAUGAGGGCAUUCACCACCUCACUAGUAAACACCUUUUUGAUAUAAAAGCCUAAGCCACACACAAAGUUGGACAUAGGUACGCAGGGGGCAUGUCUUUUAGAACGUCUUUCUUACUAUUACGUCUCGUUCUACUUCUUCAUUUCAAUCAUGGCUGCAAGCAUCAACAUACAAAGCGUACGUCUGACAUGCAAUAAAUAAUCAUUUAAUAGAAGCAUGUAAGACUAAUUGCAUGCUCAUAAAGUACUUGGUAAUUUAGGAAUUUAACUGCAUCCACCUUGCGGUUAACAGUUUAAGUUUGUAACAUGUGAUUCACUAUCCACAAUAAAGUAUCAGCUGUUCUUAAAAGCUUUUUCUAACCAUCAACAUGUUUAGCGGCUCAAUCCUUAGAACCCUGUCCGUCGUCCGGAAGGAAUAUUCGUCUUGCUGAUGUCUUGAUGCAUCGACUUCAGAUGAGUGCUUUUUUCAGUGCAUACAUCAAAUUUAAGCAAAACACCAACAUAGAGUUUUAUAUGAUAUAUCAAUCAGCACCAAGGAUAGAUCGAUGCUUCUUCGUUAAUUUUGAGAGUGCAGCUCAAAUAAUAAAAUCGGCCUGCAGUGUUACGUUCCCUAGUCUGAGAUUUCGCUUGAUGCAAACGGUAGGCAGAUUUUUCGGACCUACGUCCAAUAAGUUGAAUACCAAAGCUUAACCAGUGAGGUUAGACUAAUGAAACAGCAUUAGUUAUACACGCAAACAAACCUAGACAAUUCGACUUUAAAAUGAGCGGUAGCAUCAUGUUUGGUUUUAUAAGACACAUUGAAAAUCAUGCAGAAUUCUCAUACCUGAUUGUCAGAUCAAGGGCUUUUUUCAUCAGAUAAUGCGAAAAAAAUAAGUAGCUUAACGUAGGCGAAAUGCAGAAUCUGCGUAUAUAUUUAGGUCUAUGAAGGAGUUGUUACCAUCCGAAAUGAGUGACAGCACGAAAAUGUGCCACCACGCAUUCAAUGAUUUCAAAUUAUUUAAAGAAUGGGUGGCGCACGAAUAGGGACUAUAUGGGAAUCAGCAUAUGCUACCUUAGUAACAUGCCAUUGUGCGUGAAUUUUACAUUAUAUUUGUGUGGCAAAAAAUAUAACUAUUCAGAAAUUUUAAGAUUCUUUGUGCAAAUUCACAAAGCGUAGAUUUGUAUUUUAUCCACUGCGUAGAAAUACAGUUAUCCGGAUACGGAUAUAAGUAGACGUAAUUCCGCGAUGCCAUAAAUAAAUAAUUCAGUAUUUUCGUUUAAGAUGAGUAGCAACCAGAUUUUUUACGUACAGUAAGUGCGCCAACGUUAGCCAAAAUUAUCACGUUAGAUUUGUGUUUCGAAAAGAUUGAUUAAAUUGAACUGUAAACAAAUCGUUGUGCAACAGAAUUCUAUAAAAAGUCAAUUAGCACGGUGUCCCGCCUUUCGAAUAAACUUUUCCGGGGUUGCAUGCAAAUGCAUUGCAUUGCGAAAAUGACUAUUUUAUUAACAUGUUUUUUCCCUGAUUUUCGAUACCCUGAGAAAUGCAAAUAUAUUUCAUAGAAAAGAUGCGGAAAAUGUUCUUUUCCUGCGUAUGCGUUAGCAAAUGACGACUUCUUCUAUUUUUGGACGCGAAAAACGUAAAAUACGAUUUUUAGAACGCUUUCAAUUCGCGAGUGAUUUUCAACCUGACCUUCUUUACACUUGCAUUCGGGGUUUUCACACCUUUGGCCGUAUAUUUUUAGCGUAUGGAAAAAGCAUGCAUUACUCUGAGGUAUUAAUAGGAGACUAUAUGUGGUUCAUAUAAUUUAACAGUGGAUUUCGGCCAAAUGUUAACUUUACAAGCCACAUUAGUUAAUGCACUGAAAUGAACAAAUAUUUCAAGAUAUUAAACAAUCCUACAAUUAGACACAUUUAAACCACCCAUCUUUACCCUCCAUUGGUAAUAAAAUUGAGAAAAAAAGUAAUUUCCUACCGAUUGCGUAAAAGAAUGAGUAGGUUUAUGCAUGUUUUCCAUGAAAUAUAAUUGAAAUUUUAAAGGCACCAAAAAUCAAUUAAAAGAUUAAUGCUCCGAAAAUUGUCACUUUUUACAGUGUUUAUUUUUCAUACCGUCUGAGAGAAGUUUGUUCCAAAGUCGGCAUCCUGCAAUAACUGAAUUAUUGUAGAACUAAGCUGAAUAAGGAUUGGAAUUAAACCCUACUCAGGUUAUCUUUUCAAAGCGGAAACGCAGUUGCUAAUGUUUGUUAACAUUUCAUAUGUUUACAAACCUAUUGCACGUGCAAAGUAUCAAAACCUGUUCCCAAAAACGUCCUCAGAAUUUCACGUGUUAAGUGAGAAUAAGACGCCUUAUUUAUUCUACAGGGUCAGCAAUAUUAAUGAUAUGGUCUCUAUAUGAUUUACUGUUUUAAAUUACGCAUAAUUACCUUGUGCAUCACAUUUUAGCUGGACGUAUAUUACCAACUAAGAAUGGCCGUCACACUCACUACUUUGGACACUCUUGAAUUUACUCUUGAGGAUGUGGACGCCGUUGCAGAAUUCGACCUCAUCUCCAGUCAAUUAAUAAAAGGAAGAGUGAUGCACCUAACCGGGGUUAUUUUCAACGCGACCUACGAAAGCUUUUUAAUGCAAAAUGUAGCAAUUGUGCCAUCGGUAAACCUGCCGUGGAAACAGUAUGCGCUGCAAGCGCUAAGCAAGUUGGCAACUGAGGCAAUGUCUAAUUCAGUAGCAUUGGAGUGCAUCCUGUAGGCCAAAGACUCUAUCUACCUUCGUGUGUGCGGUGAAAAACACAUAUUUUUGGCAAAGGGAAAUUUCCAAUAAAUCUUAUUUAACAAACGCGUCUCAAUUAACCAUAGAAUGCAUGAUAUGGCGUAACCUCUGUGCUGGAAAGUAACGCCAUUUAAAAAAAAACAAUGCAAUGACUGUUGCAAUUUCUGACUUGAUCAGCAAAUUGCCUUAGUUCGAUUUUGCUUAAAAUAUCAAAAAUUGUAAGGUCGUUUCUAGCCAGCAUGCAUAAGCCCGCAACGUAUAACUGCAUAGUUUUAAGAGUCGCAUUUAUCCCUCUUUAUUAACUAUCGAUGCCAGACUUCUGUACUGGCAACUUCAUCGCGUCCUUUUCAUGUUUGAAUUAUUGCUAAAAUCGAUGAACAUAUUAAAUUUAUUACGUAAAGAGGAAGGUGCCCAUCAGCGUAACACAGGCAACUCAGCCACACAUUAACAGUACGGUAUGUUGAGGGUAAUCAUUUUGCGAAACUGAUGCAAUUUUUAGAAAUUUAAUACAUAACCUUGGGCAAUCAAAAGGAAAUAACAAGAAAAAUCAGUGAAUGUUUAAAUCUAUUUCACGCGACAUAGAGAGAGUCAAUGGCGGAGGAAGUUGGUUUGAUAAUGAAAGCUAACAAAACAGGCGCCGGUAGUAAAAUCUAUAUACAUCACAUAGUCGAAAGAUUUCUCACGCACAAGAAUGUGAUUGGGGCAAAGUAAUAACAAUUAGUAGUUCAGGUGUAUGGCCCGUGACCGAAUGGAGUGUUUCUGAAUAAUCAUUCAAAAUUAUGUGUUACUGCGCGCCACUGAACACCAAUGUUCCACAUAAAUUCUCGAUAUUCCUCAUAGACUGAUUCCACUUUAUUUGACCUGUCUUGAAUAUGCCGGAUGCUUUUAGUGUGCUGGGCGGCUUAACUAUGACAAACCAACUAAACAGGAAUCCCAAACAAAAAAAAGAUGCUUAAACGGCCCAAAAUACCUCUAAUUUUGCCACGGUUAGACAUAGUUUUAACUACUCUUUGUUUAGAGUAUCAUGCUUUACAGAAAGCGGCCUAUAUUCCGCUUGCAAGAAAAACCUCUUAUUAGGCCAUGGUCGUCUAGGUCACUGAAUAUGCAAGAUGAGGGCAUGGCAGUGGAAGUCGGUUUUAGAAAGAGAGUUAGUAAUAGAGGUUACGACAGCAACCUCCGCGUAUAUCAGUUGGUCAAACAGAUUCGUAAACGCAGUAAUUUAACCGAUGCGAAACCACAAUUACUUACUAGUUUGCUUGUCUACUUACAGGUGUAUGGCAGAUGGUCAUAUGAAGUGUUCGUAAAAACAUACUCCAAAAAUUCAGUGUUACUGUGCGCCACUGAACAUCAAUGUUCCAUAUAAGUUCUCGAUAUUCCUCACAGUCUGAUUCCACCCGACGUAGCUUGAACAUAUCGGCAACGUUUAGCAUGCUGAACGGCUUGAUUAUGGCAAACCAACUAGACCAGAAUCCAACACAAAAAGGAAGAUGCGAAUUAAGUGAAUAUGUAGCCAACUGUUGUGAAAGGUUUGAUUGACCUUAAAAUACCGCUAAUAUUGCCGCGGUUAGACAUAUUUUGAACUGGUCUGUGUACAGAGUAUCGUGCUGCACUGAAGACGGCUGAUGUUUCGUUUAAAGAAAACAUGUUAUUAGGCCAUGGUCAUCUAGGUUACUGAAUAUGAAAGAUGAGGUUUAAAAGGUAAGGUUAACACACGGAUUAAAGCAAAUUAACCUAUUUGUCUGACAGGGUAAGCAUGCAAUAAUAACUGUCAUUUCUGCCUUGAUCACUGCACUGUAAAAUGUGUUAUUUUGUUUGUAUCAAUAGUAGACUGAGUUAAUAUGGUUUGGAGCUGUUUUGUUCGAUUCAGAACUUGAUGCCUAAAUGCAGCAAACUAUAUCUAGUUUUUAUUGUUGGUUUAAAUGAGGAUUUCUGUUUUAAUAUUUAAUUACCACCGCAAGGACAUAAUACUUAUUAUUAGAAAGCAUCAAAACUAUGUGCAGUUUAAUGCAUAAGAAGGGAGUUGCUGAAAUAGAAGAGAGUAAAAAAUAAGUAAAUCGUCGAAUCUCUUCCACGAAAUGUACUAUUUACUUUGAGAGUAAAUUAACAUGUUCGACCAUCGUGGCAGACAAUGUCCAGCGUGUACCAUACCGGUUAAGCUUCUAUGAUUUCCACGGUUCAGGUGUAUUUUUAGUCUACUUUUGUUAAAAUUAGCCGGUUGCCUGUAUAAGGAAUUGGCAUUUUGGCAACUGUCUUCUGGUCACAGUCGUUGCACAGAAGAAGCCAUAGAGUCAUAAUAUUAGACGGAUGUAAGGAUCUUAUUUAUUUUGUCUAGUUUUUGAUGGGAUGCAUUGGAAAUGAACAAGUUUUGUUAGCGCGCUGCGGAUUUUGAUUUUACUGUGCACGACUCAUUGGGGAAAUCCAAGUAGAUUCAAAUGAGUUUGACGUUAGUACCCAGAUCCCUUGAUUUGAACGAGGAAUGGAAACAUUACGCACUAAUGAAAUGCGAAGGAUUGAUGAGGACUGGCCCAUUGGCUCGACUGAACCGGCAUCAGUGUAAAGAAUGCAUGGGUUUCCAUUUGAAUGUACGUUUAGCUGGUCUUUGCCUAGAUUUGUCUAAGUGGAUAGAUCCGGUGUCCCGGUGAAGAAAAAAAUGCAAUCAAAAUAUAUUUAAACUAAAUUUACCAUAUAAUGACAGAGUAUUUGGAUCGCAAUAUAGGACAGAUCUAAGUUAUUUUGCCAUCUCCUCGUGCCCCUGAUGAAAUCAAACGAGACAACGUUCAACUGCCGCAUUCCGGUCCUGGCUAGAGAUGGCAGCACUGCAUGUCUUGCGUUGGGUGACAGAACGACGAGUAAUAUUGUUUAUACAGGCUGAGAAUUCCAAAGCCGAUUUGCGAGGCGAAAUCGCCAUAAAUUUCUGAUUGGUGGCUCUGCCGAGGCAUGAUAUGGCGGACCAUAUUCUUAAAUUUGUGUUGCAAUACCCCAUGUAUUUCUGUAAAUACAGAAUAUCCGCAUUUUGAAAGAUAUUCCUAAAAUAACUUUUCGAAACAAGAACGCAUUUCGAAAUUUUGGUUGACAUUUCAUGAGUUAGUACAUCACUAUUGCUCACUAUUGUCAAAGCGUCAAGUUAAAAAAACCGAUCAGAAUUUUUGAUAAGUUGGCCUUGAGCUGAUCAAUUUUUCUUUCCUUUCGCAGCCUUGGCCUACUGGCCGCCGCCUGUGAGUGUUGGUGGCCUUCGUUAUUUCUUGUCGUCAUCUCAGUUGGGGUUAGUUGCGUUUUCGUUCCCCUUUAUGGGUGAAGUGGUCGACAAGCCGUGUUUGUUAGAUAUUCUUGGGCUCCAUGUGAUUGUCUUGUCUUCAUCACGGCGUAUUUAGUUGCGUACGACUUUAUAAGCCGAAAGAAGGUCUAGACGCCUGUUGACGAAGUUGGCAUCUGAGUAUCAUGCCUCAAGUUUGAGCCGCUCAGACCUUGAGGUAACCCUUCUUUAGACGGCUGCUCUACAAAAGUCAAAACUGUGACCAGUUUCCUCAAUGUGAGUCGCAAGCUGUGAGUUUGGGCCGAGUGUCUGAUUUGCCAGUUUGUGCUCAUGUAGGCGGGUCUGCAAUUUCCGUCCGGUUUCCCCAACGUAGUUGCAGUCUCCAUACAUACAACUUAUUUGAUAGACAACUGCUGACGUCUUCUCAGGCAUCAAUUUUGCUCCAUUGCUGGCAUGUUCUAAGAAAUCUCAAGGAUUCUCGAAGGCUCAGACAUUAGUUGAUACUUUUCAGUUCAUACGUCAUCGCAUCAACCUCAGUCUAUUAAAUGCCUGACAGGUCAUGUCGAUGCCAUCCUUCCAUUGUUAAUACUUCAGAUGAUGUAAAUGACGCAAUCCCCGGCAAAACAACACACACUUUACACCUUCCUUGGAUUUCUUCGCAGAGGAGCACUUUAAGCCGGGUAUUGACAACAACAGAACCGAACGUUAUUCCGUUCUGGCAAUUUUUUUUAUUAAAGAACGGAUUCUACCGGCACUGUUUGCCUUUCCACAAUGCGUUUAUUCGUUUUAGUCAGUUUUUUGCGUUUGCGCUAUUUUUGCUUAUCUUUAAGGAAAAUGGUCAUCUCUACAUAUCAUGAUAUAUCCUUCAAUAGUAUUUGUCUGCUUUAACGUUCCUAAGAAUAUCUAAACCUAUUCUUGACCGCAUACCAGUGAAUCAGAGCGGUCUGUAACUUAAAUCCAUACAGUUUCCGACGAGAUCCAAAUUACCAGUAAAUUGGAGAUUCUUAAAUCAAAACUACAUGCGCAGAAGAAUAGCGUCUAAAUCUGCUUCUUCGGGUGUGCAAUGCGCGUAUUGUAAAGCCGUGUCUUCUAUGGGCCAUCAUCAAACUGAUCAAUCCAACCAAAUGCCAUAAAAUAUUCAAUACGUCAGUGUAGACGAAAAAUUUAUUCGACGACCAAGACAACUUAUUUUACUGCACUAUGAUUAAUGAAUUCGUGACGAUCCUUAAGGCUUUCAAAUAAAAGAAAAUUAUGAGAAUACCAAGUAAUGGUCAGAAUAAAGCGGAGUUUUAUAGUUGCCGGAAAAUUUGUAAUUCUGGCCUAAAAGCAUGUCGUCUUUAAAUUUCAAACCAUUUGUUAUUUGUUGGCAUGAAAUUCGGAUUGCAGGAGUUACUGCCAUUUAUGCGACCUCCCUGUGCACAGUGAAUCAACCGAUUUUGGCAUAUGUGCAUUUGUCUUCGUCGUUAUCAUCUCCAGUCAAGUUAGUUCAAAUCACAGUGAAUGAAUGCAUUCGUAUCUCCGACAUGGCUUAUUUCUGUCGGUAAAUAUGGGAUUAGUAAAACUCAGGACAUGGAUUAUGACUUUGAGCUCCGAGUUGAAGCUUCAUCAAUGGUCGGAUAAUGUCCUUAUUUAAAGUAGGCAUGGACAGCAGAAUUUAUAGGUGCCAGUAAAUUUCGUGACAUAUUCUCAACUACAACCUGUCGUUGCAUAACGCAAAAAACAACUGCGAAAUGUACAGAGGUUUUAACUUCGACAGAGAAAAUCAAUAUAAAACAGCAAGGUCAUCGUGUACUGCGCGUAUACUAAUCAAUAAAAUGGUAACUUCAAAACGCAGUAUAGGAAAGAAAGUGGGGAAGUAAACAUGCUGAGGGAUUUCGAAAAUUAAAAGGGGGCUCAGACGUACGAGGGUAAGCUGAGGUUAACCACGUGAUCUAUCUGCUUACAAAGGUUGGGUUUCUCCCGCCGUGUGUUGGCUGCCUCCAGGUAGCGCAAUAACCGAGUAGUUCGUGCUCGAACUAACACUCGAAAAGACGUUUUGGGGUCAACCAAAUGGCCACUAAAAAGGAGAUGUUUUUUAAUAUAAGUGCGUCGAAUCUUAUAUGCCUGCUCUAGAAGCCAUUUAGGCAGGUUUUCAAUUGCCCUGGCUGCCAAUUGCCUUUGCGUUCGUCCAAUGUAGUUACAUCCAUAAGUGCAUGUAAAUUCGUAAAGUCAGUUUGACGUGGCGUGCAACGGCAAGGCAUACUUCACCCGUGUAACUUCGAAAGCCUUAGUAGGGCUGAAGAAGAUGAGUUAAGCUGAGUUGUAAGCUCUAUUAAUAGCGCAUCUCAAUCGCCUGCUUUAAAUUCAUUCCAUGGAAAUAUUGCUUCAAAUGUUCUAAUAGCCGAACUCUUCCCAUCUGAACAAGCGACCAUCUUCUGGACAUGAAAACUGUGUUUGUAAUACAUUCCCCAUAUAAGUACAUAGAAAAUAGGGUGGGAAUGCCUUGCUUUGCUGGUAUUCUGGCAGUACAGGGCACACGAUUGAGGUGUUCAAGCCUGCCAGGAACAGUAUGCUUCCAUUCCGCUCAUCAGGCAACUGACCACCAACAGCAGUUGCGUGGAAAUGGAAUUAAGUAACAAUUUAGCGUUGCUUCUAUAAAGCGUAAAGAAAAACUCAUUUUUAUACAUAUUCUCGUUCCCAGUCUGUAGUCAUGUAUAUAUAAAAUGUAAACAUAAAUAUAUAAGUAUUAAGAGGAGAAGGCUCGUCAAAAAUCGAGGUAUAAUCGUAAAUUUUCAAGUCGGUUACAUCAACCCGUCGUCCGACGAAAAUAAAAGGUGUGAGGGAGAUAAUCCCACUGGAGAGUUAGGGGGACAUCGAGGUUACAUCGACAAGACACACGUUCAUGUGUGGGGAUGAAGAACGUGUUUGGAUAGGUGGCGGACGUUAGGGGAGGUGUUGUGGGUUUCACACAUGGUUCACUCUGUGAAGGAGAGGCUGAAUCCAUGAUAUUCUACAUGAUCGAAUAUGGAUUAGCAGUUGGUGUCUCAGGGUGGGCGCAAGCCGGCGAUCCGUUAACGUAAGCCCUCAUAGUGAGCGUCUACGUCGACAUGGCGGCUGAUGCUAUUGUUAUCAGAGCGCCAAGUUUCUAGAAACUCUCGUUUGUUUGGUGUUGGCGCUAGCGAUCACUGCCGUUCCCUCCCAGUUGAAGCGGUGAUCACACUCAAGGGCGUGCGCAAACACGAGAGACAAGGGGUCCCGUCGGUAGAUGGCCAACUUGUGUUCGUUAAUGCAGGUUAUUUUUUGAGUAAGUCGGCGCUACUGCCGAAGACCGUGUUUUUGCCAUUAUUAUUUAAAAAUAUCAAAACUAUCGUACAAAAACAGCACACGAACAGAGGUUCCGGCAAAUGGCUUCAAGGCAAGUAAUAUAUUCAAAAUUGUUGAAUGACAUCCGACGGAACGCCUUAUGACACAAAUACCGUCAAUAACACAAAGGCUGUGGGUUGUAAUUAUAAGUAUAUUAUGUUAUAUACGACCGAAAGGCAGGUUGAUUACGAAAUACCAAUACGAAAUCUACGACACAGCAUACUGUUUGUCGACGAGAACAUGCGGAUGAAACACUGCCCACAAACAUGAAGUAAUAGACGGCAAAUAAAAUUGUUCGCAUCAUAAAGCCAGCAAUAUUUAAAUAUCGAACACAGAUUUUCCGGCGACAAAACGCACAUUGUGGACGUUUGUUUGGUUAGCAAUUCCGAGAAGGCUUCCAUGCUGCUAGUUCGAUUUAAUCAUGCAUUAGUCGACACAGGGAUUUCAGUACCACGUAGAAGGCAAGACGGCCAAUCCGGACAGAAUCACAGGAAUAAUCAACACUAAUGCGGCGGACACAGGACAAGCAGAUUGCGUUUGCAGCCUGUGUACAAAAUACAACCUGGAAAGUAAGAAUUCUAACGUAUGCACAUUGGCGAAGGCACGUUUUUACAAUGUGCAACUAUUUAAGCAGAAAACAAAAUUUAUGUGUUAUGAACGGUAUAAUGAAGGGCAGAUAUUGUCGCAGUUAGGUAGUAAACAAAUUCAGAACAUUUGGUUUAUAGAACUACGAUGAUGACUCACCUAUAUUCGUAAAAGCACAUAAGAAUGCAAGUGGGGCAUCAAAGUAAAAUGAAUGUUGAUACAAAUAUGUGGGCCAGUGGCAUGUUAAAACACGUUCUGGGCGGUUUGUUAUUGCAUAUAAUGAACACCGUAUACUUGAUUAUCUGAAGCUUCUUGCUUCUCUAUUUGUAGAGCCCUAUCCUUUUAAUUCAGCAAAUGUGCUAACUCGUGAACUGCGAGACGACAUUUCCAAAUGCGUUUUCGUUUUAAAAAGAUUAACGAAGUUGGGUUGCAAAACUUACUAUCGUUCAGCAUAAUUCGAUAAUUAUUUAUUUAUGUGAGGGUACGAGCCUUUGAAAGAAUUCGUCUCCGAUCGCAUGCGAAAUCUAUACGCCGUUAAAAAUGACUAAUUAAGCACAUUUUUUAUAUUUCUAUAUUUCAUUGAAAUCAUGCAUCAGCAUAUCCAUUCCUUCGCUUAUUUUGCAAAAAGGUACGCCUUUUUAAUUUAUACUCAAAUAAAAGAUAUAAUUGGGUUUUUAAAUCUUUUUCAAUUCCCGAACAAUUUUAAAUUCGACCUGCCGUUACACUUGCGUUCAGGGUUUCUAAACUGCAAGCCGUAUAUUUUCCUUGUACGAAAAUCAUGCAUUUUUCUACAGUAUGAAGAGGUACUUAUAUGGGUUCAUAAAAUUUAGCAGUGAAUUUGAGCCAAAUUGUAAACGAUACAGAACAAAUGACGUUUUGUGAACAGCUAUUUCACGGUGUUGAAGAAUCUCACAAUAAGGAAUUUUGUGAAAUCGAAAAUACCCCUCAUCUGGGUAUAAACCUGGAAGAAAACCUACUUUUCUACCAGAUGAUCAAAGAAUAAAUAUUUAUUUGCAAGUUUUCCGUUAAACAUAAUCGACUUUUCAAUGUCAUCGAGGAUGCACUCUACUUAAGCAGUCAUUUUAUACAGAUGAUCUUUUUGCGCGCGGCCGGAAAGAAGUUUGCUCGAAAGCAGGCACUCUAACGUAACUUAAAAUUAUAGAAUAAUGCCGCAAGGCUACAAUUUUAACAACCAAUUUAAUCAAUAUUUUGACACGAAAACCCAUUUCGGAAUUUCGGUUAACGUUUUAAGAUUAAGUCAACCUUCUGCUAAUGAUAACCUGGUUGCAUUUAAUUAUUUUUUAGACUUAUUAUCGUUAACGCUAAGGCCUUUUAAAAAGUUUACGGCAAUGCCAAAAAUUGGAAGUGUACUUGUUGUCGUGAACGCGAAUUAGACGGACAUAAGUGUAAGUCAAGUAAUGGGAAGUAGUCUCUCUUAUCUUACCGUACAUAUCACAAAACUGUCGUUCAAUAAAACGAACAAUAAACCCAGAACAAUGGGAGAAUUGAUCCUGCUUUUUGGGCUUUCCUACCUAUCCUCCCGAAUCCACGGAUGUCGUCAUCUAAGGCAAAUUGGUAGGUCAGCCUUGCGUUUUAUAUCGUUUGCAAUUUUGCGUCAAGUGCGCUAUGCCGUAAGAUUUUACUAGGUUAUUCCAUAUUUGUUCGCAAAUCAUGUUUUUGCAGUUUUAUAGACACCCAGCGUAACUUUUAGAACAUAUUUCAGUAGAACGUGUGCAGGAGCUGAUCUCUUUUGCAUCACAUACAGGCCGACAAAUAUAAUUUAGGGACUUUUGAAUAAAUUAGUUAUUUAAUAUAUCUGUUUUUAAAAAUUGGCAAUUCAGAGGUCAGAGCUGUAAGCGUUCUCAAGUGCUCUAUGUAGCAUUUGGUAUUGCAGAUAGGAGUUGCGAAUUUUCAAAAGUAUAUGAAAGAAGGCGUAUGGCCGUGAACUGAAAAAUGCACCCGCAUCACGAAUCAAGGCAAAAUUUCGUGUUCCAUGUGUAUGCAUAAGUGAAAAAGAAGAGUCGAGCAACGGAACACGUCACUCUUUGCAGCAAACCGGAGAAAAGAGCACGUGAGGCCCGUUAUCUCCGGGACCACUUUGUGCAAAAUGGCUACCCGAGGGCAUUCAUAAGUCGCUGCCUACGCGGUCGCCAUCAGAGAACUCGAACAUCAACGUCACCGACGAUAUGGCUUUCUCUGCCAUACAUCAAGGGUGUUUCAGAAACGACCAAGCGCAUUGCUGCGGAACUAGGUGUUGGAAUUGCCCACCGUCCCAAAGCCACCAUGCGCGGCAAGGUCAUGAAAAUCAAAGACCGAUUAAAACCUGAAGAGCAAUCUGGAGUAGUGUAUCGCAUUCCGUUUCAAUUUUGUCAUUGUAACUACAGAGGACAGAUUGGACGCAUGCUCGGAUCGCGCAUACACGAACAUAAGCUGGCUGUGCGACGAGGCGACGCAUUAUCACAAGUGGCCGCCCACACCUACGAAAUGGGUCACGAGUUUGACUUCGCAGCCACCAAAAUAGUCGCCCACGCCGGAAACAAGACAGGCCGAGAAUUGAUUGAAGCCUGGGCCUCGGAUGAGAACUCGGUCAAUCGACUUAUUAUCUGGCGCCGGCGUACAGAGCCCUGCGUAGUCACCUCCAGUCUCGCACCGUCGGUCGAUGAUUGGACCUACGUGCCUUAUAACUACCGCUUGUCCUGUUUCUAUCACUACCUCUGA